AUGAUGACGUCCUACGCCAUGAUGGCAGCCGCCGAGACGUUGGCUUCCGUCGCAUCCGCGGGACCAUCCACUCCAGCAGCAAAGAACAAGCUGUCUAAAUCACAAGCCAGAAAGUCGGACCACGCUUCCGCAUCAGGAUCCGAACCCAAAAAGCGCACUCGUCCCGUCAGUGCCUGCGAAGCUUGUCGUGCCAAGAAAGUGCGCUGCCUCCUCUCGCCCGACGCGCCCGUCUGCCAGAAUUGCCUCGCAUCCGGCAAGCAGUGUCUCUUCAGAGUCGACGAUCUCGCUCCUGCGCUUAGAGCUGCUCGUUUUGCCCACUGUGGCCCCCCGAGCACCAAUGCAAGGACUAUUGCGUCCAAAAAGGGCUCUCGCAAGUCGCAUGAAGACGCUGAUGAAUCCUCACGGCCCAAAGCACCAAAACGCAAAAAGUCGGAGCAAGAGGGCGAAACUGUCGAGUUUCAGCACAAGGAGGAGCACACUGAGGUUGCGCUAUCCUCAGGCAAGCCAAAAGCAAAGGCCGUCUUUCGCUCCUUUGCCAAUCCCACCAACCUGGCUGCUCCCUUACCCGUGCCAGUCACACCGACAUCGAUGAAGAACUCGACAUCCUCGACUAUGGCCUCGCCACCACCUCCACCAAAGAGGUCUCACGCUUCUUUCGCAAGGAUGCCUUCCUCUUCCUCGCAAGCUUCUCGACGACGUUCAGAUACCACUUCCACGCAUAAUGAUGCCUUUGAUACAGAUUUCCGACACCACCGGCUCAAUCAUCCGGUCGUCAGCGAUCCUCACGGCGCAUCUAUGGACGCAUUCAGCCACUCGCACGACCCCUCGUACUACGGUCAUCCUCCAGGUCCACCCAGUGCGUCUUCCCUCUUCCUGCAGCAGCAUUCUCCCAGCGACGGCAGCGUCCUUUCCAACAGAUCAGGCCGCUCUGCCACCGUCUUCGCAGCACCUCGACCGCUCAAUGCCGCUCCUCCCACCGUCGACGACUUUCGGCCUCGACGCAAGAUGUCGGGUCCAAGCCCUCGCAGGCUGCCCAGUCAGCCCGUUGACCCCAUGUCGCUCGAAUACUACGGCCACUCUUCAGACCCGGCCUCGAUCAACAAGCUCGACGGGCCAGAACGGCCUCCCAUCGAUCACCAUCGGGAUUCAAACGAUUUGGCAGCUACUCCUCGCCGCGAUGUUUCUGCCGAGCUUCGUGAUGGUAUCGAAAGGUGGCAGCGCAGCGGGGCGGCGAGACCGGAAGACGAACCGGAGCCCACUCAAGUCCAGGAGGAGCACGAACCUGUGGCGCAAGCGCGGCCCAAGAUUGUUCUUCCCUUCUUCCGAUGGUUUGGUACUACAGCAAACACGCCCGGCUACCGAAAGAUAAAAGUCGGAGUGUUGCAAGACUCGGAAGUGCCUGGGACGGACGAGCUGGCGCCAGCCUUGGAGUCCACCAGCGGCGUCUCGGGCACAAACACCACUUUUGGAUUUACCAUUCGCGAUGACGACGACUCGCGCACGCCAGGCAAAGCGUUGGACGAGCCGGCGGUGCUCUCGCCGCACCCGGCACAACUGGCCAGUCCCGGGAAUCGGUUCGACAACAAGGCGUCGUCUUCGGUCACACGGGAGCUGUUCGAGAUCAACCGACCCAGGUACCCGAGAAAAGACAUUCUCGAGCAUCUCGUGUCGCUGUUCUUGACGCACUUCAAGCCGUCCUGGUGCCCCUGGAUGGAGGCUGAUGAACUCAGGAAUGGCGUCGAGAGUGGGUCCAUGCCGGCGAUCCUCGCCAACGCGGUGUGUGCUGUGGCAGCGCGUUUCUCGAAUCGACCCGAGCUUCGCAAAGUGGCGCGCAAGUCUUCCGGCGACCCCUUCAGCGAGAUGGCCAAGAUCCUCAUCAUUCCGCUGCUGUCGUUCCCGUCGAUCGAGGUGAUUGAGGUGCUCAUUCUGCUGAGCUAUUCCGAGUUUGCUGCGGGUAGCGACUCGGGCCUGUGGAUGUAUGUCGGCAUGGCGCUGCGCAUGGCACAGGAUCUAGGUUUGCAGCAUGAGGUAAGCGUGCAGAGCAUUCCCAACGAAAAGCACCAGGAAAAGGCACGUUUGCUCUUCUGGGCCGUCAUCGGCCUCGAUCGCAUCACCACGUUCGGGACGGGCCGUCCCGUGUCGAUCCGCGAGACUGAGAUCGAUAUUGAGCUGCCCAGGCUCAGCGAGGCUAGCGAUAUGAAGGACGAAACGGUGGUGUUUGGGCAUGUGGUGCGCAUCCUCAUGCUGAGGGGCCGCAUGGGCGAGCUGCUCAACCGGCGCGAGAAGGAAGAGUCGUCCAUCGACGCCGAGACGACGAAGCGCGAUCUGACGCGCAUGUGGUUCGAGCUCGCACAGAGCUAUUCGGACCUGCCCGCCAACCUGCACUUCAACGUGCAAACGUUUCAGAAGAGUGCAGCGCACAACCAGAGCCCUGGGUUUGUGUAUCUUCAUGUGCUGUUCCAGUCGACCAUCGGCUUGUUGGAUCGACCGGCGCUGAUGAAGAAGUUUACCGUCGAGUCGGCGCCCUUGCUGCCGAGUUUUGCGCCAGUGGCGAGUGCGGCGGCGUCGCGGACGAUUGCCGAUAUCCUGACGCUGGGCGAUGCGUUUGACGACCGGUGUAUCAUUGCUUCGCCGUACCUGGAUCAGUUGGUCUUGCCUGCGGGGCGGUCGUUUGUCGCCGAGCGCGAGGCAGCGAGGGAGGCGUUGCGUAGCAUGGGGCAUGGCACGACCCCCGCACCCUCCAGGCCGCCUUCACGCGGUGCCUCUGGACAGCAACAGCAGCAACAGCAGAGCCGGACGAGCCAGCUGGUUUCGACGAAAUCGUAUGCCGAGAUCAACCUCGGCGCAUGCCAGCGGAUCCUGCAGAAGCUGCAGCAGUACUGGGCCGGGGCGUCAUGGCCGCUGCGUGCACUUGAGCAGGAGGCGGCGGGCAACGGCGGCGAGAUCGACCCGCACGCCUCGGACGAGGAUGCGCAGAGUGCUCCCAUCAGGGACAUCGAGAUGGUGCUCAAGUGGGCCAAGUCGCGGAUAAGGAGUCGGAAGCGGCUGGCGCGGUCGCUGCAGGCGACGCCCAAGGCGGAUGCAGAUGCGCAGAUGAUGCUGGCCGAGGGAGUGGAGGGACUGGGAGGUGGGAUUCUGACAGGGAGUGCAGGGUCGGACGAGUUUGCGUCGACGCACAGUGGCGAUUCGCCGUUUGGGCUGGGGAUUUCGGCGGGGCUGACGUUUGACAUUGAUGCGUUGAUGGGCAGUUGGGGGAUGGAUGGGUUUGAGGAGCCGGCAGCGUCGGCGGCGGCGGCGGGUGGUGGAGGUGGUGGCGGCUUUCACGCGGGGGGUAUAGAGGUGGCGUCGUUUGGCGGUGGGCAUACGCCAUAUGCGUCAGCGGGGACGGGGACAGCGGGGACGCCGGGAUUCCUGAACCAUGUCUACCCUUCGCAAGGCGUGGACAGGAGGCCGUCCCUCUCGACAACUUCGACGCAUCUGCACCCUCACUCUUCCACAGCUCUCGGCAUCUCGCCCCACCGCACGCACUCGCGCAACACCUCGCUGCACCACCAGCACCACCCUCUUGCCCUCACCCCAGCCGCACUCACUCCGAUAACAGCCGCAGCCACAGCAACAGCGCCACCACCGCAGACGGCGACGACGACGAUGGGCUACCAUGCGGCUACCCCGGGACAGCUGGAGACAAGCUCGUUGGCCAUCGCCGAGUUCUUCUCGCACGACCAGAGUAUCUGGCCGCUGUCGAUCCAGAAUGAGGACUUGGACCAGGAGGCGGUGAAUCUGAUUGUGGGCGCCAUGCAGCUGCCUGCGUAUGCGACGCAGUGA